GUGGGACGAACAACAACACUAGCUCAGCAAUUGGAAAAUAACAAAAACAGACGCAAAACAAAAAAUGUUUUGAGCAACUAUUAUAGUGUCAUAAUAUUAACAAAAUUUACAGUACAGCUGCAAUGUGUGUUUAAUUUCGGACCAAUGGACAAAAUGGAUUUAUACGCCAUUCUUGGCGUCACCAAAGAUGCGCCUUCGGAGGAAAUAAAAAAAAAUUAUCGCAAAUUGGCCAAAGAGUUUCAUCCGGAUAAGAAUCCAGAGUCGGGUGAGAAGUUUAAGGAAAUCUCCUUUGCAUACGAAGUGCUUUCCGAUCCGGAGAAGCGCCGCAUCUACGACCGCUAUGGCAUUAAGGGACUGCAAGAGGGUGCUGAGGGUCACUCUGAUGCCUCGGACUUUUUUGCCCAAUGGUUUCCAUUUGGCGGGGCUCCAACGGCCGAACGCACUCGUCGCGAUGGACGCAUUCUGGUGAAACUAGAGCUAACGCUGGAAGAGAUCUAUGUGGGCAGCAAGCAGGAGAAACAGGUGCAGUACAAGCGGCAAAAGCUGUGCGACAAGUGCAAUGGCGACGGCGGCCCAAAGGAGGCGCGUCAAGAAUGCGAAUCCUGCGGUGGCGCUGGACAUACAGCCGCCUUCACAUUUAUGGGUUUGAGUGCCUUCGAUGCGGUGUGUCCCACUUGCGAUGGCAGGGGAUUCACUAUCAAGGAGAAGCUACGCUGCAAGCUGUGCACAGGCAGCGGCUUCGUGGAGCAGCCCAUGCAUCGCAAAGUGGACAUUGAGCCCGGGGUGCCGCACAUGUUGAAGCUGCCCUUUGCCAACGAGGGACAUCAGCUGCGCAGCGGACAAUUUGGUGAUCUCUAUGUGGUCAUUGUGCAGGCGGAGCACACAUUAUUUCAACGCCGCCAUGCGAAUCUCUAUAUGCGCGACUUGGAGAUCAAUUUAACCGAAGCUCUGUGUGGCUACACGCAUUGCUUUAAGCAUCUGGAUGGACGUAAUGUGUGCAUGACAACGCAACCAGGUGAAGUGUUGCGUCACAAUCAUAUCAAGAUGAUGCGCAAUGGCGGCAUGCCAGUGUUCCAGCAGCCCACAGAUCAUGGCGAUCUCUAUGUGCAGUUCAAGGUACAGAUGCCGCCCAAUGAUUUUGCCACCCAACCGCAGUUGGCCAUGCUCGAGGAUUUGCUGCCCGCACGGGAACGCAUCGCUGUUCCAGCUGGCGCCGAAGAGGUCAACAUGACCGACUACAAGCCACAGGCGCGUCAGGCACGCCAUGCGGAAACCGACGACGAUGAUGACUAUCACGGUCAGUCACCGCACUUUGAAAGUGUCCAAUGCCAGACGACUUAGUUGUGGGCUUCGGCAUAUCCAUGGCUAUUGCAGUCCCAAUAUCUGCUCAUCGAUAGCUGGCGUUUACUGCCCCGACUGGGCGUGGAUGAGCUGUGCUUCUUGGUGCCGCUGGUCGUCUUGCUAUGCAUAGUAUUAUUUUUCAUACAGGAAUGUUUGCUGUGAACACACACACACAUCACAGCGAGUGAUGCAAAAUUUUACUUCUUUUAGGCCCCUUACCUUACCUUACCCCCAAAAACGAGAAAUUAGCUUAGCUAAACUGCAAUAUAUGAUUGUCAUACAAGUGUUAUUAUUAAA